AUGCAAUCCAUGGCGGCGGCGAUCGGGGUCUUCGUCCCCGUUCUCCGCUUCCUGCUCUGCUUCGCGGCGACUAUUCCGGUGAGUUUCUUCCACCGGGUUGUCCCCGGUUCGCUGCCCAAACACAUGUACGCCGCACUCUCAGGGGCUAUUCUGUUCUGCGACGGUGGGAGAAAGGUGUAG